GUUAAGGUUUGUCUCUUCGUCUAGAUAACCACGUAUGCAUUUGUUUUACAUAGAUUUGUUGGAUUUGAAAAAAAACAAAAACAGCCAUAGCAUUAUGACCAUAGUCCAGUGCCCUUCAUAUUAAUCAAUAACCACUGAAUGCCCGCUGGUUUUGAUCCCUCUUAUUUAGUUUCCUGCUCCGCCCUCAAUGUGCUCACCUGUUCCCGUUCCUUUCAUACAUAGUCAAUGAGUUUCCAAGUUUCAUUUCAUCUGAGAACUUACCUGAUUACUGUACUUCACCUGUACUCUGUAGAGGGCUUUUGACAACUGUGGAUUUUUGUUUUAUCCUGCUCCCAUUCUUUGCUGAGUGCACAGCGUGUGCUAUGUAUUGCGCAUUUCCGAUCUUAUCUGUCUUGACAUUACUCUAAGCUGCUGUUUUUGGUCAUGGAUGAUUUCGUUUGUACCAAACUAAAUGAAUGGGGUUUGAAAGAGUGGAUCGAUACAUUUAAAGAACAAGGUAUUGAUAAGGAAACUCUGUUUUAUCUUGAGGAUCAAGAAAUUAGGGACUUGAUCCCAAAAGUGGGACCAAGAGCGAAAUUCAAGAGGGAACUCAAGCUCUUAAAGGUAAUGUUCUGCGCUAUGACACGUUGCAAAUAUUUGCAAUUGGAACGUGACGAAGCAGCUGAUUCCCCUCAGACUCUUUCAUAUACAAGCGGAGACACUAUUAAUACGCAACCUGAAACCUGUCUCUUGCACAACAGGAAGAAAAUUGACGAUUUGGAAACCGACAAGAGGGAGCUGGUCGGUGUCUUUGGUAAAACUGGGGCCGGAAAGAGCUCUUUGAUAAAUGCCAUAAUUGGCGAGAGGGAUCUUCUGCUAACAGGAAGCAUCAAUGCAUGUACCACGGUCAUGAUUAAAGUCGAGGCCAACAUGCACAACUCCAAGUAUGAAGCAGAGAUCGAGUUCAUUCCAGAAGAGGAGUGGGAAGAUGAAUUGUGGCCCUCGCAUCAAUUUCAUGUGGAUGAUGGAGAUCAGGAAGAUAGAGAUGAUUACAAUGUCACUGAUGACGACAUUGAUGAGAAGCUGUCAGCAUUGUAUGGAGAAGAAUGGAAUCAAAAAACUCCCAAAGAACUCAUGGACAAGAAAUAUUUCAAGGAAAUUCCAGAAUUUUUAAAAUCUGCAACAAAGACUCUGACGGGCGAAUCAGCUAAAGAGCUAUCCGCAAAAUUCACGAAAUACACAAGAAGCGACCCAAACCAAGGAGAAGGGAAAGACUUAAGAAGGUUUUAUUGGCCACUAGUGAAGUGUGUGACUGUCAGGGUGCCACAGAAUAAGUUUCUCCAGCAUGUGACACUCGUGGACCUUCCUGGAAAUGGAGACUGUAACAAGAGCAGAGACAAAAUGUGGAAAGAGGUCAUUGUAAAUUGCUCCACUGUGUGGAUUGUGACUGACAUUAAUCGAGCAGCAGCAGAAACAGAACCCUGGGAGAUCCUGGAAAAUGCCAGUAGCAGUAUUGGAAACGGUGGAGAGUGUCAGCACAUUCACUUCAUCUGCACCAAGUCUGAUCAGAUUGAUGAUAAUGGUUCAGCAGAUGAGGUGUAUGCUAGCAUAUUGAAAAGAAACAUGAAAGCCAAGGAAGCGGUGAACAGUGAAUUCAAAAAGCGCAGCAGGAUUAUGAAACAUUUCAGCAGUGACUGCUUCAAAGUAUUCACGGUGAGCUCCAAAGAGUUUCUGAAAGAAAAUAAACCUCUGAAGCUGGAGGACACUGAAAUACCCAAACUUAAGGAAUUUCUAAAGAAUCUCAACGACAGUCAUUCAGAGACUUUGAACUAUGUGUCUGGAGCUUAUGGGAUUCUGUCUUUGAUUCAAGGAGCCCGCUGUAGAGAAGGGACCAGCAGAAAAACUGAAGUGUGCGAAGACCUCAAAAAAACCCUGAACCUUCAAGUUGACAAAGUCAAAAAAGUGGUGGAAGACGCGAACAAGGCUUUUGAAAUGUGCCUUGAUAAGGGUGUUGAAAUGUCCAAACGCUGCUGUGAACAGAAACUGGAGGCCAUUUUAAGUCCUAGAAAACGCAGUUCGGGUUUUCACAGGACUCUAAAAAGUGUUGUAAAGAACAAUGGCAUCCACAAACCAAGGAGGGGAAGACAAAUAAAUCUCAACAUGACACUGACUUCAUUCUUGACAGACAGCAUUGAUGAGAAAUUCAGGAAGACCUUCCCAAAUGAUGGAAACACUGGACCAUUUGGUGGGUUCAUCAGAGAGUUUUCACUCAACACAGACAAGCUCAUUCAACAGGACAAAGAUGUGGAACUGCUGCUGAGAUUUCUGAAGACAGAGGAAGAAAACAUGAAGACCAAGGUGAUUAAAUACAUCAGGGACAAAAAGAAAAUUAUCUACAGCAGUUUGAUAGAGACGACUGAAAAAAACAUGCGCGCCACCUAUCAGAGAGCAUUCAACUUCAGAGGGAAGGACACACUGAAGAACAUGAGGACUACGGUUAUGAGACAUGUAUACGAUUCCAAAAACAACAUGUUUGAGGAGGCUAAAAACGUCAUGUUGGGCCAGCUGAAUGAACUGAAGGAACAUGUCUUGGAGACUCUGGAGAAAACCAUGAAGGAAUCAAUUGAGCUUUCACUUACGACAGGUGACUGCUUAAUACCAGAUGUUUCAGAUAAGCUUGCAAUGGUCAAGAAACUUCAUGAUGCACUGACAGGCGACCUACACGAAGAAAAGUAACUACUCUGUUUUUUAAAAUGACGACAUGUUAUGCUACAGAUGUGCAUGCACAUAUUUUUCAGAAAAUUUGUAAAAUAACGAUUCAGUUAUAUUAUACGAUU